GUGGAGCGUUUGCAAUAUGCAUGAGAGAAAGAAUCAACUUUUCUGGAAUCCACCGCAAACUGAAAGUGAGUUGGAUUUCUUAUGGUCAAGACACAAAUCCUUUAAACGUCACAGAAUCUAAGAAAGUGUUUCUCAGUGAUCGUGAUAUGGUGGAUUUUACUUUUUGUAAGAGGGUCAAUUUCACAAAUAACUUCUUCUCGCCACCCGUCGUUAUGGUUACUGCAAGUUACUACAGCAACGACUCCAGACCAGUGAUGCAGACAUGCAAGGCGAUGAUCACGUGGAUUAAGGAAGUGACAACUUCAUCAUUCAGAGUGUGCGCAAGACAGYUGCCAGGGUCCCAAAAUCGAGAUGACAAGAUYGGUAUUAGCUACAUUGUCAAUGGAGGUAAGARAASRUGA